GCUGUAGGCGCGUGCUAUUAAGCCGACCGAAACCUCACGAGUCCCCCUGCGCUGGUGAAAUUACGCUAGCCAGUUUCAAAGUCACAUGCGCUGCUUGAAUCUCGUUAGUCACAUUCAUGCAAGCACGUUGUUCCGUCGACCGUCGAUAGUGCAGUGCUGCGCUCCUCCUUAACCCGGCUUCACACCUCGGGGUGUGGAUGUUUGUACUUUGACGUCUCCGGUGAAGUUCGACAUCCUCAUUUGAAUGGAGAGAUCGAGGUUGGCCUACGCAACGGCGGUUGUAGUCGGCGCUGGGACAGCCGUCGCUUUGGCCUGGUGGUUUUGGACUCGUCGCCGAAAGGAACAGCCUCCAAAGAAAUGGCGGAAGGUCGGUGAACUGAGCGACCUCAUCGUCUUCCCUGUAAAGUCCUUAGGUGCUGUACGCUUGAACACCAUGGAAUGUACGCCCCUGGGUCUCAGAGACGGCUGGCUCAGGGAUCGGACUCUCAUGGUCAUCGACAUGGACGGUCAUUUUGUCACGGGAAGACAACUACCGCGAAUGGUCCAGGUCUCGCCGAGCAUUUCAGGAUCCACGCUGACUCUUCGGGCGCCUGGGAUGAUGGCGGUUUCCGUUGACCUGGCUGGCCUUCGAGGUAAAGGAUUCCGAGCGGCUGUAUGGGGUCAGCCAGUUCCUGCCAGAGACUGUGGCGAGGAAGCGGCUCGUUGGUUGUCCAGAUUCCUUCUCCAGGAAGAUACCGGCCUUAGACUUGUCUAUUAUCCGUUAGAUCGACCGACUAGAGACGUGCGAACGAAAAACAAGCCGUUUCCACUGCUCGUCAGCGAGGAUACGGGGGCGUAUCCAGAUGCAACGAGUUACACAUUGAUGAACGAAGCCUCGAUUGCGGACCUGAACACACGUCUUGAGGAUCCAGUAACACCGCAGCACUUUAGGCCAAACUUUGUGGUGAAAGGGGCACAAGUCUUAGAAGAAGAUUCUUGGGACUGGGUGAAAAUCGGGAACGUCGUCUUCAGAAAUGUUAAACCAUGCACGCGAUGCAUAUUCACUACAGUCGACCCAGAAACAGGAACGAAAAGUCCCAAAGUAGAACCACUGAAGACUCUUAAAGGUUACCGACAAAUCAAGGACCCUGAGCUGAGACCAUUUACCGGCGAUAGUCCUGUGAUGGGAAUACACUUGGGUUUGCGGUCUAACAACGGAAAUGUCCGGCUUGGAGACGGUGUUUUCGUCGGUGUUCCAGAAGAAGAAGAGCCGUUCUACUCCCCUCCGUUAUUGCAUCGCUGGAGCUCUUGUGAACACGAUGUUUUUCCGAUUGAAGAGAAAAUGACUAUGGCUGAUAUAGAUUAUCCGGAUUCAUCCUCAAGAUUCUUUGGGAGUGCAGCAAACAUAAUUGCCAGCUUGGCUAACCUGGAGUGAAAAAAAAUGUAAAAUGUUGAGUAAAAAACAGGUUUCCUAUCGAUAUUUGACAAGGUUGGAGUUAGCAACGUUAACGUGAUGAAACAUUGACCAAAAAAUCAUUGUUUCGCAAUUUUAUAUUGGCUUUUACAGAAUCAAUUUUGAUAACUAUGAAUAUGUUUUGCGUUAUUACGAUUUUGUGAACUUCAGAU